AUGAAGUUCUCUGCCACCCUCCUCAGCGCCGCGUUGCUCACAACGUCGGCCAUUGCCUCUCCUCUCAGCGAGCGCCGCUCAGCUCGCAACGCUGCCCGCGCUGCGGCCCGAACUGACCGUCUCAGCCACCCGCCUUACAAGCCAGACACCAAGGAGCUCCUCAACCUGAAUGCGACGACCGAGGAGCAGUACAGCUCAAACUGGGCCGGUGCUGUCCUUAUUGGUAGCAAGUACACCUCGGUCAGCGGAGAGUUCACCGUCCCCACGCCUAAGCUCCCCUCGGGUGCUUCGUCUGGCGAGCAGUACUGCGCCUCUGCUUGGGUCGGUAUUGACGGCGACACCUGCAGCAGCGCCAUCCUCCAGACUGGAGUUAACUUCUGCAUCGAGGAUGGCGAGGUUUCCUACGACGCCUGGUAUGAGUGGUACCCGGAUUACGCUUACGACUUCUCCGGCAUCCAGAUCUCCUCUGGGGAUGUGAUCAAGCUCACUGUGACCGCUUCCUCGAAGACCUCCGGCUCUGCCGUCAUCGAGAAUGUCACUACAGGCAAGACUGUCACCCACAAGUUCACUGGUGUUGAUGAUGGAGACCUCUGCGAGACUAACGCCGAGUGGAUUGUCGAGGACUUCGAGAGUGGCGGCGAGUUGGUUCCUUUCACCAACUUCGGAACUGUGACAUUCCGCAACGCAGAGGCUACAUCUGGUGGCGAGACUGUUGGCCCAUCUGGAUCUACUAUCAUGGAUAUCAAGCAGAGCGGCAAUGUUUUGACCAAGUCUUCUGCUACCAGCAGCAGUGUUACUGUCAGCUAUGUCUAA